AUUUUCGUGGACAAAAAAGAAAAGAAGCAAAGGUUAUCACAUUUGUGUUUUUAUUGAUUUGCAAUGCAAUGUGUGUAUAAGCAAAAUUUUUAAUUGCAGGUUAUUUUUAUAGAGAAGAGUCUGGAAUUGGGGUGGGAUAAAUAUUUUAAUUUUUUUAAACUUAAAAGUCAUCUAUGCAACAAAUUACUUUAGGAUCAUUUGUGGUAAUUUUAUUUAUAAACCACAGGGACAGUCUUUGAAAUAAGUAUCACGUGUGACCCACUCUUUAAGGCCCGACCCAUGGAUCCUUGCCCCCCUCCCCCGCUCACCUACCUAUGUAUAAAUGUCAUAUAUGUUAUCUCGAUCAAGUUAGAGCAAAAGCAAAUUCUCUUGGAAAACAAUCCAACUUUUUCCUUUUUGAAACUGUGGUUGACGAUCGUUGCCGGAGAUAUGGCCAGUUUGCUGGACAAGGCGAAGCAAUUCGUUUCGGAUGCGGUGGCGAGCAUGGAGAAGCCGGAGGCAAGUGUGACGGAUGUCGAUCUGAAAGAAGUUAGUCUCGGUUCUGUGACUUAUCUGGCUAAGGUCAAGGUGUUAAAUCCUUACAGCGUAUCUAUUCCAAUCGGCGAGAUCCGUUACGUUCUUAAAAGUUCCGGCAGUGAGAUUGCAAGCGGAACAGUUCCGGACCCAGGUUCACUGAAAGGGGAUGGCGAGACGAUGUUGAACGUGGAUAUAAAAGUACCACACAGUGUUUUGGUUACCUUGGUGAAGGACAUUGGUAGAGAUUGGGAUAUUGACUAUGACCUUAAAGUCACACUCGUUGUUGAUCUCCCUCUCAUCGGUAACAUCAGCAUACCAAUCACUAGUACCGGUGAGGUCAAGCUCCCUACCCUCUCCGACUUCUUUACUUAGAAAUUAGAAUGUCUUACCUUUAAAAAACCAUUAAAUAAGAUCAAUCUUGUACUUGUGAUCACUUACUUUUCAAUUAUCUUAUGUAUAAGUUUUAUUAA